CUCUGUGCCAGUGUAAUCGGUUAUUGCUUUACGGCAUUAGGCCACCAAACCAAACACCUACAUUUAUGCGCCACUUGCAUUCAUUUUAUGCAAGGAGAUGAUUUUCUCUCUCGCUCCACCCACGGGAUGUUUUAUAUGCAAGAGUAAGAAGUCUGGGACUAUGCAAUUGUUUAUUUUUACAUAGUUUUUUAUAAACCCCGUCCCGCGUUACGAGUCGGCCAUGUCGGACCUGCUUUUAAACCUGAAUGUGGGUGCCAGCCAGCCUUCUGGAAAGGCUGAAUACACCAACAAGAAGCAUGAACGCUUCAACAAGCGAAGGAAGUACUUGGAGAGGAAAGGUCUGCUGAAGCAAAAGCAGUGCCCUCCGAGACCAAACCGGCCUGUGCCAAACAGCGCCCCGGGGCACCAGGCCAAGUCGUGGGCACAAGGCAAGAAAGAAGGGGAACAAGGUGGGACCUGGAACCAGUUUAAUAGGUCUAAUGCAACAAAAAGCAGCACCGUCUUUAAUGGUUUUCACCAGCAAGGAGCGCCUAUCAAACAUCAAGGAAAGCCAGUUCAGUCUAAUACCCUGAUUAACCAUUUCAGCUCCGGUCCUCAUCAUUCCCGUUCGGCUACUUUUACGCCAAAGGAAACAACAAAGGCCAGUUUUAAGGGCCCGGGCUCAUCAGAACCAGCAAGGGUGAAUGGGCAUACCCUCAACGCAAAGGUCCCCAUUUUCCCAGGGCAGCCCCAGGACAGUGUUUUAAAUGAGUUUGAUAGCGGCCUUCCUUCUUCAGCAGUGCCAUCUCGCAAAGCCGUAGCCAUAGACUGUGAAAUGGUGGGCACUGGGCCGAACGGAAGAGUCAGCAACCUGGCCCGUUGCAGCAUCGUAAACUGGUUUGGGGAUGUGAUGUACGACAAAUACAUUAAACCCAAAAGCCCCGUGACUGAUUAUAGGACUAGAUGGAGUGGAAUCAGAAGAGAGCACCUGAGGAACGCCACUCCUUUUGAUGUUGCACAGAAAGAGAUACUUAAAAUCCUCAAUGGGAAAGUAGUGGUCGGACACGCUAUCCACAAUGACUACAAGGCCCUCAAUUAUUUCCACCCCCAGGAAAUGACCCGGGACACCUCGAAGAUCCCUCUCCUGAACCGCAAAGCUGGGCUCCCAGAAAAAGAAGUCGCCUCACUCAAGAGACUCUCCAAGCUGCUUCUGCACAAAGAUAUCCAGACUGGCAGCCAUGGGCAUUCGUCAGUAGAAGAUGCCAAGACCACCAUGGAGCUGUACCGUGUUAUAGAAGUGGAAUGGGAGAGAGAAUUGGCAGCGGGCCAUGUUCAGCAGUGAUAUGGGCAUUGCCAAUAACGAGCCAGGGAUGCAUUGGGUAUUCCCCAUAGAUCUGUGGACAUAUUUAUCUCUUGGUUUAUUGGCUGCACAAUAAAUUGGCAACAUUUAGCCGA